AUGUUCCCAUUUAAAGCCGUGGACCAGAGGAAGGUGCUGUACACACCUAAACGUGCCGAAAUCUACGAUGAACUAAUGCAUCCCACUGAUAAGACAGUUUUGGGCGUUAUUGAGUAUUAUCACAAACCAGAGGUAUUCGCCGUCAACGGCACUUUCAAGGAUGAUCUACAGUAUCUGCUCCAGUACGGUUCAAUUGAGAGUAUAAGUAUGAGUUUAGAUAUGAAAACUUGGCUGGUUAGGUACGUUUUAUCGGAUGGACCUGAUGAAUUUUUCCUAUACCGAAGUGAACCAAAAGAGGCGGAAUUUCUGUUCAGUGCUUAUCCAGAGCUGACACAUUAUAAUCUGAGUCGUCAAAUCGGCUUUGAUUUCAAGUCAAGGGACGGCUUAACUCUGCAAGCAUACCUCAGUCUUCCACCUGAUGCUGCACUCCGAACUGCUCGGGACGCUCCUGCCUCGGAUCUCGACUACGUCAACCUUGGAAUGCUCCCUGUUGAUCCUCAGAAGCUUGUCGUCCUUGUUCAUGGUGGUCCGGAAAUCAGAGAUCAUUAUGGAUACUCGGGAGAAAACAUAUUUCUAACGAAUAGAGGUUACGCGGUACUUCAGGUGAACUAUCGUGGAAGCACUGGCUUUGGUAAACGCUUUCUAAACGCUGGCAAUGGCGAAUGGGCCAGAAAGAUGCACCUUGACAUAUUAGAUUCGGUCAAAUUUGUUGUGACAAAAGGGAUUGCAAAUAAAUCUCAGGUUGCUGUUAUGGGUAAGUGA